AUGGUACUUUGUGUCGACGUAUAUAUUUUUAUCUUUUGCAUGUGUGAUGCAUGUGUUCUGUUCUUGUCACAAGUAGGGUGGGGAAGGGGCCUCUGCACUGUAAUGACAUUUAUUUCCUUCCAUAGUUUGGCGGAGGCUCUGCGGAGUGCAUUUCCGUGUCUACCUCGACUGAUGCUGCGAUGGGGGUAUAUUGUAUUGCGGAAGAGGAGAGAUUUUCUUAAGAGAACAGGAGAGACACGAUGUCCCACCGUGGCGCCGAAUUCCCUUUUGCCUCUGUCUGCUACGCCUUGCUACUACUGUCCGGAAGGGGUGCAAGAAACGCUUCUGAAUUAUAUAAAUGACGGGAAUUUCAGGUACCCCACGAUUUCAGCAAACCCUGUUCCAUCAAUGCGUGACUGGUGUGUGGGGAGCAGUUCCGCUCAGUCAUUGCUGUUGUCUACUACGAAGGUUAGCGUGGAACCCUCGGAGGUUCCCGGUGCAUCACCGACACCAAUCAUUAUUCAACUCUUUCGUUGCGAACAGCGACUGAAUAUUGCUGAUUGUAUGAGGACUCGUUUGCUUCAGAAAGAGCUCCGACGCACCGAAGGAGGGUUGCAGUUUCUUCACCAACUGUCUAAAGGAUCAAAUCUAAUGGAUCAGAAUAUGGUAGCAGCAUUGGAAAGCAAACCAUCACUUGCUGCUGAGUCUGUCUCGACAGUUUCUGCUGUGGAGACACCUUAUUCAGGUCAUAUUGUGUGGGAGAAAGAUGGAUGGUUUUUUGAUGAUAUUUUUUCGUCCUCAGAGAUAGAGCUGCCAGCUUCUAGUUCCGAUUCAACUGGUUAUUGGCGUGCAUGGAUUGUUCCGUUUCGUGGACCGUUUUCAAAAUAUUUCCUUCCACGAAUGCAAGACAUUCACCAAUUUCAUGUUGAGGAGGAUAUCACAUUGAUGAAUGUGGAUUUCAGUGAUCGGGCAAAUCAGAGACGUUAUUCCGCUAAUUACUCUUCGUUUCAUGCAGGGCGGGUCCUGAACUACUGGGCUGCUACAGGAGAGCCUGUACAGCUUGAGAAUCGUAUGGACAAUGAAGAUAUGGAGGAAAAUGAUGAUGCCCAAAUCCACUUAGCUUCAACGCCAUGCUGUUGGUUCACAAUGACCGAAAUAUCCGAACGCAAACUAUGCUUGCGACAUGGUGGCACGGUACGCAAUCUUCCUUUUCACUUUGACUGUUGCGGUUUCUUCUUGCAUCUCUGCCCUCCGUGGUUUGUCCUUUCUGAAACUGAGGUGUUGCAAAGAUACCCUAUUUCCAAUGAGUCUCUUGUGGGGGCAUGCUUUAUACCCGAAUAUGGAAAUACGGAAAAUGUGGUGUCUGCUUCCCGGCAGGAAGGGCCUCUUUGUGGAGGAGUCAUCUUUGUUCUCCAAGAGUUGGGGGAAUGGUGUGUAUUUCCACAUCAGCACGUGACGGUAAACUUUGGUCGCGUUUCAUUGCCUUCAACAGACUCUCUUCACCGAGAUAAAAAACCUUUACUUUUUGUUGAAAUCAACGCAGCCGUGGAAAUGAUGUACUCCUGGUCCAGUGAGCAUUGCAAGCAAACUUCAGUCGAAUGUGACUUCUUAAAGCAAGUUAUUGAUAUAUUUUUAUCUAUUUCAUCAAAGUGCUCCGCGGCUUCCUUCAUCAACAGUUUUAUUGGGUGCUGUGGUCACCCUCUCCCCUAUUGUGAGGAACUGUCGCCACUUGCAGACGCAAAAGAUUCCCCUGCAACGUUAUGCAUCCUCGGAACUGAGGACCAACACAUGCCACAUGUUGUAGAAACUAACCGUACACCUUAUUCACUCAACAGUGGUGAAAUGGUAACGGGACCUUCUCACCUACAGCGUGGCGUUUAUGAGGGAUUAAUUGAAGUUGGACGGAGCCGUUCCAAGCGCACCUCACAAAUACCGAACCAAAAAUGUGAAUUACCGUUUAUACACGAAAACAACUUGGGGCCCUGUGGCGACGCGUGGGAUAUUGGUAUUGUUCUGCUUUCAUUUGAAUAUUGUAUUCCGGCGGUGAAGGCAAUGGAUACGGAGCUAGUUGCGUAA